AUGUCCGUCGACGCGGCGAGCGCGAGCGCGGGCGCGGGCGUCUUCGGCGCCGUCGGUCGGGUGAAGGAGUCGGCGCAACACGUCUGGGCGCAACAGAAACCGAUGAGUGAAAUAUUGGAUGCGUCGGCGUACGCGCGUCCGGUGAGUUUCGGCGACGCGACGUCGAGGAUGCAGAAAAACUUAAACUACUUCAGAAUCAACUACUUGGUCUUCGCGAGCGCCGUGCUCUCGCUCUUUGUGUUGUUUCAUCCGAGCUCGUUGGCGAUUUUUGGCUCCGUCGCCGCGGCGUGGGUGUACGUGUUUUCCGUUCGCAGCGAACCGCUUAAGAUUGGAGAUAGAGAGUUGAGUCAUCGCGAGACGUUGAUGGGAAUGUCCGCGCUGAGCGCGUUCGUAAUCUUCAUGCUCACGAGCGCGGGCACGGUUUUGUUUAGCGGCCUCGGCGUGGCGUUGCUCGGCGUCGGCGCGCACGCCGCGGCGCGCGUUCCGGACGAUUUGUUCGUCGAGGACGCGAACGACAAUAAAGGAUUCUUCUCGUUCUUAGAGCCUCCUUCGCGUAACGGUCAGGUUUCGUCGGGCACCGUGUAA